AUGGCCGGAGCGCAUAAGCUCGCCGGGGUUCCUGCAGCACCUGCGCCGGUGCUCGACUGCGCAAUGUCCCUCGUGUGCUCGGUCUCCAAGGCCUACGCGCACCACCAGGUCACGGAGAGCGUGGCACGGUCGCGGCGCACGCUCCGGUGCAGCGCGGGCCAGGCGUGGCGCCGCGCCGUCGACGUCGCCGCGCGCCUCAACUCGCUCCUCGUCCACGUCAUCUACUUCGUCGCCAUCUCCUGCGUCGGGUGGGGGCUCCUCGAGGCGAUCAAUGUGCGGGCUCCCGGCAGGAGACCCCGCGGCAUCGACAUGUUCUUCACCGCCGUGUCGGCCGCGACGGUGUCCAGCAUGUCCGCCGUCGAGAUGGAGGUGUUCUCCAACGGCCAGCUCCUGGUCCUCACAGCUCUCAUGUUCGGCGGCGGCGAGGUGUUCCUGUCGCUCGUGGGUCUCGCAUCCAAAUGGUCCAAGAUGAGGAAGCAGAUCAUAAACAGAUCCCGGCGCGUCGAGAGCCACGACGACGAUAUCGAGCUCGAGGCCACCGGCGCCGAGGCCGAUGACGCCGAUGCCGACUCCGACUCCAGGUCGAUAACUACUGCGGUCACCGAAGAGAACGACGACAUCCCGGUAGACGCGAAGAUUCUGCGGCGCAAUGCGGUGCGCUCUCUGUUCUACAUCGUCCUGGCCAUCCUCGUGGUGGUGCACGCGGUGGGUGCCGUCGCCGUCGCGGCAUACGUCUACGCCGCGCCCGGCGCGAGGCAGACGCUGCGGCGCAAGGCCCUCAACGUGUGGACCUUCUCGGUGUUCACGACGGUGUCCACGUUCUCCAGCUGCGGGUUCAUGCCGACGAACGAGAACAUGAUGGUGUUCAGCCGGGACGUGUCGCUGCAGCUUCUGCUCGUGCCGCAGGCGCUGGUGGCGCUGCUGUGCGCGAUGGAGUGGGGCGGCGCGCUGCGGGGGCUGGGCGCGGGGGAGAAGCUGUCGAACGCGCUGUUCCUCGCUGUGAACUCUCGGCACACUGGCGAGUCCACCCUCGACCUCUCCACACUGGCGACGGCCAUCCUCGUGUUCUUCGUCCUCAUGAUGUGA